AAACCCUCAGUAUUCCGCUUUUCUCAUGGUAAAUAGACACUGCACUUUCGUCUCCUUUUCAUAUAAAUCUCUGCUUUCUAGGACACCAUGGAUCAUAUUAUAUUUGAAGACCCUUCGCAACGCGUAUCACGUGCUAAGAAAGUUUGCUCUAACCCUUCUGUACCCCUUGCCAGGCGUGAUGGUGCGAUUGAGCAAGCACCGGGACAAAUUGAUCCUCAUUUUAGUCAUACUGGCAUUUUUGAUAUUCAAUUCAAUGGCAAUGAGCCAGUUUCUUUAUACGAUAUGUUUUCGUUAUGUGGGGAUGAUGAAUCAGGAAACGAGGAUCAAUCAAACGGUUCAUCGAAAGCUCCAUCUUUACAGCCUAACACUCAGCAGGAGAGGUCUACUCCUGUCCCUCACAAACCAGAAGACGAUAUUAUCCCAAUUGAUCCAGCAAUUCUCGAGGGAGAGAAAAUGAAUGAAGAUAAACCGAGCGAGAACGAUGCGCCAGAUUGCUCUGGCUCUCCUGCGUAUCCCAUAUCACCUAAAUCACUCACGCUACAUGGACAUGCUCAAAAUAUCGAGGGUCUAGGACACGCUUCAGCAUCUUUUAAUGUGCUUCAAACCGCAGCAGAAGCACCACAGUUCUCAUCCAAAAGGCCAUCAAGCAAUGCAAUAGAUGCAGAACCACCCUGCAAGCAAAGUCGAAGUGAUGCCCUGGCAGCGAAGAAUUAUCAGUCCACACUGUAUUCAUGUUUCUCAGCGGCGUCACUCCACGAACGUCUCGAAUUCUUUUCUUGGCUGUUCCAAUACGGACUAUCAGAGUCACUCUCUGCAGCUAGCGCGGAGCUUCCCUUCACGCAAGCCAAGACUGCAGAUAAGUCGCCGGAAUCCCUUUGCUUACAGCGCCGGCGACUCCCGCCAACUCCCAAUCGCAGACGUGCUACUUCAAUCAGGUCCAGAAAGGGCAAAGCGUGGGAACCCGAUGAAAUUGAGCUUCUCAUAAAAUUGAAGGAAGAUGGCUUGUCAUGGUCUGUGAUCACGAAGAGGUUCCAAAAACGAUUUCCCGGGAGAUCUCGAGGCUCUAUUCAGGUGUAUUGGAGCACGAACUUGAAAUAUUUACAUUCACUGUAA